CUUAAUAAACCUAAAACAAGUUUUAUACUUUAGUGCCAUAUGGUGGAGUAUAUACGUUAAAAACACUAGAAUUUUUCACAAUUAAUCAUACAGUAAAGGGCGACGGCAUUGAACACACUUUAAUAAUGCUUGGCUAAUAUGGCCAUCCAAUCCUUUGAAGAAAUUAUUUUGAGAGUUAAUAACAAAAAUACUUUUAUUUUGGGACAAGCUGCUGGUCUCAGGUGACAACUAGAAGUAAAAGCACAUAUGAGUCAUUUGGAUGUUAGGAAAUACUCUUUAGUCUUAGUUCACCCAUCAGUAAAAUGGGUACCUGGGUGUUAGUGGACUGGUGUGGGUCGCAUCCUGGGACAAGGACCUAAUUUGCCCGAAAUACUUUGCAUAACAAGCAGAUUUCUAUAUAGUAGUAUGUCAUUGAUGUCAGCUAUGGUCUGUAUACCUUGUACAUGUAGUAAAUAAAUAUAUUAUUAUAGCUUUCAGAAUAGGUAUGAUUGGCUCGCUCAGCCAGGAGAGAGUGAAUGAUGAACACAGUAAACACCUCGAGGGAGGUCCCUUGAUGAUGGUGAGGAGCUCUUGAUCUAGGGAAUUGGAUGUGUACUCCAAUUCCCUGAAUUAAGCUUAAAUGCUUUCCAUCCCCCAACUCCCACAAGUGCUGUAUAAUCCCUAUGGGUCUAGCCCUCCCCUGUAAUAAUAAAGAAGACAGUAAAGCACAAAACAAUCUGAAAAGGGUAAAUAAUUUUAUGUUCAGUGUAAUGGGGAACCCAUCACUUCAAUUUCCUCAGUGAAAUAUCUGGGACUCCCAUUUGACCCAGGCAUGUCAGAAGAAUUGCUAGGGAACAGUGUUGUAAAGAAAGCAAAUGCCAGAAUAAAGUUUCUCAACAGACAAGCAGAGUGUCUACCUACUGAGGCUUACAGGACCCUAUAUCUAGCUCUUAUACAGUGCCAUGGUACUCUGCCUUAAUAAAAAGAAAUUGAAAGACUACAAAUUACCCAGAACAAAAUGGUAAGAUUCAUCCUGGACCUGGGUUCAAGGGAGCAUGUAGGCCGAGAUGAAUUACAGCAAUUAAGAGAUAAGAUAAGAUUUCGUUCGGAUUUUUAACCCCGGAGGGUUAGCCACCCAGGAUAACCCAAGAAAGUCAGUGCAUCAUCGACUGUCUAACUUAUUUCCAUUGGGGUCCUUAAUCUUGUCCCCCAGGAUGCGACCCACACCAGUCGACUAACACCCAGGUACCUAUUUGCUGCUAGGUGAACAGGACAAUAGGUGUAAGGAAACGUGUCGAAAUGUUUCCACCCGCCGGGAAUCGAACCCGGGCCCUCCGUGUGUGAAGCGGGAGCUUUAGCCACCAGGCCACCGGAUAUGCUAAAUGUUGAAGACAGAAUUUCCCAUGUGUUUCAGGUGAUCCAGAGUUUUGAUUCCAUGUCUCAUUGUAUUUCACAUUAAGCACUGAUUGUCACAUCUCCAGCAGACACAAAGAGGCUGUCUUUUGCUGGGUCUUGGACAUUCUGAAGUUCUGGGCAAUGAAUUCACAGACUCGGUUACUUGUUUCAUGGUGCAAGAUCAAUCAAUCUCUUCCCAGGGGAAUUUUACUACGUAACUUAUUUACCAGUACCCUGUCAGUGAUGGUGCCCUUAGUAUAAUCAACAAGCUUUUUCAUCGCAUCACAGUUAUGUUCUUAGCUGUGUCCCUUCAUCACGGUUGGGUAUAGGAAACCCUUCUCUUACAAUAAUGCAGGUUUGAUGACUACUGGUGUAUGAGUUGUAAUAAAGAUGGAUGGUCAAGAAAUACAGACCUUGUUUGCCCAAUAUAACAAGAAGUACUUCUGGGGCAAACUUAAUAAAGUUAAUCUCAGCUGGAGUCCUUAUAUGACAUUAUGUGCAGGACAAACAACGUACCGAGUGAGAGGCCAAUCAUUCUCCUCGUGUAGUAUUCGCCUCAGUCAGCCAAUUUUAUCCCAAAGACCUCACAGUGACACUGUUGACACACUUCUGCAUGAAAUGAUCCAUGCUUACCUGCAUGUGACCCAGGGAUGCAGGUAUCGGGACAGCCAUGGACCAGAAUUCUGGGAACAUAUGACAAGGAUUAAUGACUUGGAGGGAUCAAAUAUAACUGUAUAUCACAACUUUAAACGCGAAGUGGACAAAUUUCGUAUCCACGUAUAUCGCUGCGACGGGCCUUGCAUUAAUAAGCGACCAUACUUUGGUAUUCUUCGUCGAGCUAUUGCGCGGCCGCCAGAUCCGAGCGACAAGUGGUGGGCUCGACAUAACCAGGAGUGUGGAGGCACAUUUCACAAGAUUGAAGGACCAGGAGUUGUUCCUCCCACUGAUUCAAAAGGAGAAACAAAGCCUAAACAUAUGUUCAACCCCUGGAUAUCCACUUCAUCUAACCUCCCAAGCAACAUGCCAUUAGUUCAACCGAAUGCAUCAAAUUCAUGCAACUCUUCUAAUAUUGAAUAUCACUAUAGUGAUAAAAAUAACGUUCAUAUAAAUACACCCGAAGGUUCACAUAUUACAAGGACAAGUGGUACAGCAAAGUCUCAUAAGACUGCUCAGCAGUCUCUGCCGAGUGAUGAUAGAUGUAGGAGCUAUAAUGAAGAUCACAUUCUACAAAGAAUAAAGACAAAAUAUUCAAAUCCUAAGAGAUCAAUUCUCUUGUCAAAGGAGGACACAAAGAAAGCUUAUUGUGUUAGACGGCAAAAUAGACAGAAAAGAGGAAAAAGCCCUGAGAAGGGUACUCUUAUUGAUGGUAAUGUGAAUUGCAACUACAUUGCCAGGUCAUCAAGUAAAAUAUACCUUCAAAAGUACUUAAAUAGAUUUCGUGAAGCUAGGAACUUAAAGAGCUUUGUGACACACAAACCAAAUGUAUUAAGUGCGAAAUGUAAAUCGGACACACGCAGUGUAAUUGAGAAAUAUAUGAAUAGAUUUUAUGAAGCAAAAAAGUUACAGAAUAGUUUGCUGCAAACUACUUCAGAAAGUAAUGCAUCAUUAUUUACAUUACCAUCAACUUCAAUUUCAAAAGGUAAUUCUUUUAAAGCAAUGAAAAAAGAUGAUCAUAAACCUACAAACCAGGGCUCAAGUACAUCAUGUCCUAUGUGUAACAUUUCUAUAUCAAAUGCAGUUUAUGAGCAACAUAUUCAAGAGUGUUUUGGAGAUGAUCUAGAUAUAGAAAUGAAUGAGUCACAUGAAAAGGUAGAACCAAAGAAGGUUAUUGACACUUCACCAAAAUGUAUGACAAAAGAGAGCAGAGAGGUAGACAGUAACUGGAAUGAACAUCAAGCAAAAAUUUGUCCAAACUGUAAAUCACUCAUCCUUGCUCCAGAGAUGAAAUUGCACUUGGAAUAUUGCUUUGACUCUGAGAAUGAUGAUGAUGCUGAUAAUGAGUUACUCAGCAAAUCAUCUGAUAAAAAUGAAAUAAUACAUUUUGAUGCUUACCAUAAAGUCACUGAUGUUGUAUCUUGCCCAUCUUGUAUGGAAAAUGUUGAAAAACACUGUAUACAAGAGCACCUGAGUAACUGUUUACCAAUAUUUUCUGAAGAAUUUGAUUAACAGAUAUGUUUUAAUGCAUUUAAGAAAGAAUGAGGAUGUUGCAGUUUGAAGUGUCAUCUUAUUUGUGAUGUCAGCACCCUUCUGGCAAGACAGUGAGUGAAUGAAUGAUUGUGAAUGUAUUUCCUCAGUAGAUGGCUGAUGUUGCACUCGCUGAAAAGGACACACUGUAUAUAUUGAAUUUUUAUAUACUUUUAUAUUGCCAAUGUUUUCUUGACCUUGAGAAGGCAUAUGACACAACUUGGAGGUAUAAUAUUUUGGCCCAAGCCCACUCCUUAGGCCUCUGAGGCAAUCUACCAUCCUUCCUUAAGAAAUUUUUAACUGACAGACACUUCCGUAUUCGAGUCAAUAAUGUGCUUUCUCCGGACUUCGUCCAAGCUGAAGGUGUCCCUCAGGGAUGUGUUCUGAGCACAACACUUUUUCUCCUUGCUAUAAAUGAUUUGGCCUCUGUUCUUCCACCCAAUAUUUGGUCAUCACUCUAUGUUGAUGACUUCGCUAUUGCUUGUGCAGGCGCUGACUCAUCUCAUUGCAGUUUCUCUCCAGCAUGCGGUCGACCGUGUUUCCACUUGGGCCACCACGCAUGGGUUUAAAUUUUCAAGUACCAAAACUCACCAAAUUACUUUCACUAGACGCUCUGUCAUCUCCGAUCAUCCUUUGUAUCUCUAUGGCUCUCGUAUCCCCGAACGUGAUACAGUCAGGUUUCUAGGCUUUCUCUUUGACCAUAGGUUAUCCUGGAAACCUCACAUUACCUCUCUGAAGGCAACUUGUCACAGCCGGCUAAACCUUCUUAAAACCCUUGCUCAUCUUUCCUGGGGAGCUGAUCGUCGAACUCUGCUUCGCCUACAUUCAGCCCUCGUU